AUGUCAAAACGCACAGCAAUCGAGGAGGCACAAUGUGCGACUCCCCUGAAAAGAAUCCAUCUCGAGCAAGACGGUGGCAUCGAUGCCACUGCAGCUCUCAAGAAGAUGCACCUUCGAGACAGUUCUUGCCAUCGUCCCAUCACUCCCCCUCCAGCGGCGGAAGACGAAGCAGCCACUCCCACGACGUCACCUAGCAAUGACGAGGAGGAAGGAGGAUCGCCGGCAGAAGCAGCAGCCUACUCGUCACCCGUGACGACGACGACGACGACGACGACGACGACAACCCCCAGCCACGCCAGGUUCCCAUCGGACCUCAAGACCUUGUGCUGCACGUGGCCUGGCUGCCCCAAGACGUUCAACCGCCCGGCCCGGCUGCGCGACCACCUCAACUCGCACACCAACAGCCGGCCGUUCCGAUGCCUCUACGACGGCUGCGACAAGGACUACACGGUCGACAAGCACCUGAAGCAGCACGUCAAGGCCGUCCACACCCGCGAGCGCAAGCACGUCUGCCCGCGCGACGGCUGCGGCAAGAGCUUCGUCACCGGUACGCGGCUGAAGCGCCACCAGGCCGUUCACGAGGGCGCUGACCGCUUCCGCUGCCCGGAGUGCGGCCAGAGCUUCCGCAAGAGGGACACCCUGGCCAAGCACGUCAGGCGCGACCACCGGGGCCUCCCUACCCACGCCUGCCCCGAGACUGGCUGCGAUGCCGCCUUCGACACCCGCGCCUCCCUCCGCCGCCACGCCGAUCGUCAGCACGGGGAGCCCCGCUUCUGGUGCGCAGAGUGUGCCUCCACAGCUUCCGCACCCCUGGGCUUCACCACCCAAGCUCUCCUGCAGGCUCACAUCAAGCGCGACCACCAGGACUGCAUCUUCUGCGACUUCAAGUCCACGUCCCAGGCCGAGCUGGAGCGCCACGUAGAGCUCCACCACUCGGGCCGCUCCGUCCAGGACCGCCGCUCCGUCCGCUGCCCCCACCCCGGCUGCCCCAAGACCUUCACCCGCCGCUCCAACUGCAACAACCACGUCCGCACCGCCCACCAGGGCCUCCGCUACGUGUGCGGCCAGGUCGGCCUGCCGCCGUCCCUCGACGGCCAGCACGGCACCUACCACCCCUGCGGUCAGGGCUUCGCCUCCAAGGCCCGUCUGGAGGACCACGUCCGCCACGUACACCUCGGCCAGGAACGCGUCCGCAUGUCCGCCGUUGCCCCCGACCCCGACCUCGUCCUCGGCUCCGAGCCGGGAUUCUCCGUCGCCGCCGUCGGCCGUGGUGACGGCGAUGACGCCUCCGCCAUGAUCGACGACAUCCUCGGCAUGACCGACGCUCCCACGCCCAUGUUCGAUGCCGGCAAUGACUUUACACCGUCGCAGCUGUCGACGGGGGCAGCAGAUGGAGAGGAAGAAGAAGCAGGCACCGGUCGGCCUGAUGAUGACGAGUACGACGAAAACAUAUUCGCCGCCGACCUGGACUAUGAUGACGUCGAUAAUGACUGGGCCGAUGACGAGGCCAACAUUCUCCUCCUGGCUCGUCACGAUCUCACCACCACUAUCACUCCUUCUGAAGAUGCCAUAGACCCUUCUCUUGGCCAUUUCUAG